CUUUGCACCUCACCCCGCUAGGAAGUCCUCCAGCCCCAGGCUCUUAUAAAGGUCUCGUUGUGGGGCCAGUGAGCUCAAUUGCUGGACAGACCAGUGUCAGAGGAACGUGGCAGACGGGCGGCCCUCCGGUCUCUCCACCGCGCUCCAGCCGCAGCCCGGCCACCCCGCGCUCCCAGCCGGACCGGUGAGCUCCCUCCCCGCGCCGCCCGCCGCCCAGCAGAGAGCCCGACCGCCGCGUCCCCCCGGGACAGAAUGGAGCCGCGCCUCGCCCCCCGCGCCCGCGCCCGCGCGCUGCUGCUCUGCCUGGGUUUUUAUCUUCUACAUCUAGUUCUUGGAACCACUGUGAUCCCUUUGUGUAUCCCGGGAGAAUCUGAAGACAACUGCACAGCUUUAGUUAAGACAGAAAACAAUCCACGUGUGGCUCAAGUGUCAAUAACACAGUGUAGCUCUGACAUGAAUGGCUACUGUUUGCAUGGACAGUGCAUCUUCCUGGUGGACAUGAGUGAAAAAUACUGCAGGUGUGAUGUGGGCUAUGCUGGUGUCCGAUGUGAGCACUUCUUUCUAACGGUCCAACAGCCCUUGAGCAAAGAAUAUGUAGCUCUGACUGUGAUCCUCAUUCUCUUCGUUCUUCUCGUCGUCGCUGGCUCCAUGUACUACUUCUGGAGAUGGUACAGAAAUCGAGAAAGUAAAAAGUCAAGGAAGGAGUAUGAAAGGGUGACCUCAGGAGACCCGGCGUUGCCACAAGUCUGAGUGGUGCCACCAAGCUCAAGGGCCGGGAUGCACAGCAAGCCUGUUGAUGUUAAUAUUCCUAUUUUAUUAUUAAUAUUUAUGUUGGGUCAUGUGUUAAGUCAACAAUGGUACAUUUUUAAUAUAUUUGGAAACUUUUUUACCUCUAUUUUUGACAAACUAUUUGUAAAUGUACACAAACUAAUAUAGAAAGAAAACUGAUAUUUGUUUUCUUGAGCUAAGUGCUUUAUUGAAAGCUUCAAACUUAUUUGUCUGCUACAAAUCAGUUGCUUGGGAAGUGUCAGCAAAGGACAGAUUGCUGUAAGCCUAAACAUAUGGUCAAAUCAGUUUAAUAAGUACAUUUUUCCACUCCUCAAAGCAGUGAUAAUUGGUUUGUUUAUACCGUAGUUUGAUGUGUAACUUGACUCCACUGUGUCAUAUACUGAAACAAUGAUGUAAUGGGAAUUGGGGAGAAGCAAAUACAGAUCAUGUGCUAAACACUAUACAUCUGAAACAAACUAAACUGGGAGAGCUCUGCUCCCUCCAGGCCCAUCCUCAGCUAUAACUCUGUUUACCUGCUUGGAGGGGAAGUGGACAAUUCCUUAUUCCAACCCACAGCUCUUAUGGAUACUAGUCACCCGUCUAACAGAUUCUCCUUAAGGAAAACGAACCAAUUUAUACCAUCUUUUAUGCAAAUAGUAGAUAUUUUUAUAGCUUCACAAAGUUCCUUUUUUUGUACAGCAUUUAUGUGAGGCAACUCUUGCUUCUGAGACAAUUUUUUUUUUAAA